AUGACUCGUACCUUAUUUUUCUGUAUUGCAGAAGAGGCCAAGACUGUAAGUCAAUCCGUAUUUAAUGAAAGUCGCCUCGAGGCUGACCGUGAUUACCAGUUCGUGCCUACGGCCUUGCACGAAUCCAGCACAGAGCCGGAAGACCCUCCCUUACUGUACUAUCUUGUUGAAUCGAAAGACUGUCCCAGCACGGGAGAGGGACUCAGAACGAGAUUACAAGACGGUGAAUCUUUCGAGUCGGAUUUUAUCAACGCCUCAAAAGAGGAAUGCCAGGACUGGACAUUAGACAAGUGGCUUCAGCCUGUCAAAUUCAACUUUAUCGAACAGAGUAUUAUCGCUAUUGCAGAUGAGCGAAGAUCUCGCCCUCUGCCGCCAAAGGGCAACACCUGGUACGAUUUCAGAAUUCAUCAUAAUGCAGCUCAAUUAUUCCACGCCUCCCUUUUGUUCACUGAAUCAGAUAGUUUCUUUCCGAACUAUUUUGGACGACCUGAGAAAUUUACGGAUGAUACUGGCGUCUUCAAUGUAUUAAAAGCAUGGAAGCACACAGAGGAAGAAAGCAGUGACAAGGAUGAGCAGAGGACAUAUGAUGACAAUUAUGAAUAA